UGAACUUUCCCUGUAAACACAGCUCGCUGACAGAACGGCAUCCCUGCUGGGUGGGUCCUGCAACUCCUGGAGGGAAUGGCACUUCUCGUUUUUAAUUAGCAAGGUGAAAGGUGAAUUAAAACGAGCUGUUUGGCAAGUCAGUGCAAGAGGCUGACUUCUGAGAGGCUUCAAGGAGCCAGAAGAGAAGAGCUCCACGGGGGAAGCGAGUGCUCGGGGGUUUUUUCUGAAUGAACCGCUUGCAGAAGUGACUAAAAAAAAUACAGUUUCUUCCUGAAUCUACCGGCAUAGUUACCGAAGAGAGCUCUAGACAGGACAUGGCUCUGAAGAUUCAUUCCUUGGAAUGUCCUCUUGCUCCCGGCUUAUAAACAACUGUCUUGCGGAAGGAAAGGUUUUACAUAUCCAAAUACAGCCUGACAAAUGGCACUUUGGAACUGUGCUUUCUGAUGACAACGCGUUCGAUUUCUGACAAAGCCUCUCUCAAGCUGCCCCUGGAGGGGAGUCCUAAGUAAAACUCAAACCCGCCUUCAAGUGAGGAUCGCAGGGCUUGCACAGUGAGUGAGCACGGCAGCAUGGCAUCAGCUGCGCACGUUAUCACCUGGCUCCUGUGGGGUUACUUACUGGAGCUUUGGACAGGAGGGCACACAGCUGAUACCACUCACCCCCGGUUACGCCUGUCACAUAAAGAGCUCUUGGAUCUAAACAGAACAUCAAUCUUUCAUAGCCAUUUUGGAUUUCUUGAUCUCCAUACAAUGCUGCUGGAUGAAUAUCAAGAGAGACUCUUCGUGGGAGGCAAGGAUCUUGUGUAUUCCCUCAGCUUGGAACAAAUCAGCAAUGGCUAUAGAGAGAUACACUGGCCUAGUACAGCACUAAAAAUAGAAGAAUGCAUAAUGAAAGGAAAAGAUGCAAGUGAAUGUGCCAAUUAUGUUCGAGUUUUGCAUCAUUAUAAUAGGACACACCUUCUGACCUGUGGUACUGGAGCUUUUGACCCACUUUGUGCCUUCAUCAGAGUUGGGUACCAUUUAGAGGAUCCCGUGUUUCACCUGGAAUCACACAGAUCUGAGAGAGGACGGGGCCGAUGUCCUUUCGAUCCCAGCUCCUCCUUCGUCUCCGCGUUAGUUGGUAGUGAAUUGUUCACUGGACUCUACAGUGACUACUGGGGCAGAGACGCUGCGAUCUUCCGGAGCAUGGGGCGACUGGCACCCAUUCGCACCGAGCAUGACGAUGAGCGCCUUUUGAAAGAACCAAAAUUUGUAGGUUCAUAUAUGAUUCCUGACAAUGAAGACCAAGAUGACAACAAAGUGUAUUUCUUUUUUACUGAAAAGGCCCUGGAGGCAGAAAACAAUGCCCAUGCCAUUUACACCAGAGUGGGGCGACUUUGUGUGAACGACGUGGGAGGACAGCGUAUACUGGUCAAUAAGUGGAGCACGUUCCUGAAGGCGAGGCUGGUGUGCUCAGUACCAGGCAUGAAUGGAAUUGACACGUAUUUUGAUGAAUUAGAGGAUAUUUUUUUGCUGUAUACCAGAGAUCAUAAGAACCCAGUGAUAUUUGGACUCUUCAACACUACCAGUAAUAUAUUUAGAGGGCAUGCGAUAUGCGUCUAUCAUAUGUCUAGCGUCCGGGCAGCCUUUAAUGGGCCAUAUGCACAUAAGGAAGGGCCUGAAUACCACUGGUCACUCUAUGAAGGAAAAGUCCCUUAUCCGAGACCUGGUUCUUGUGCCAGCAAAGUGAAUGGAGGGAGGUACGGAACCACCAAAGACUAUCCCGACGAUGCCAUCCGAUUUGCGAGAAGCCAUCCACUUAUGUACCAACCCAUAAAACCUGCCCAUAAAAAACCAAUACUGGUGAAGACAGAUGGAAAAUAUAACCUAAAACAGAUAGCAGUUGAUCGAGUAGAAGCUGAGGAUGGCCAAUAUGAUGUCUUGUUUAUUGGGACAGAUAAUGGAAUUGUGCUGAAAGUAAUCACAAUUUAUAACCAAGAAACAGAAUCAAUGGAAGAAGUAAUUCUAGAAGAACUUCAGAUAUUCAAGGAUCCAGGUCCUAUUAUUUCUAUGGAGAUUUCUUCAAAGAGGCAACAGCUGUACGUUGGAUCUGCUUCCGCCGUGGCCCAAGUCAGAUUCCAUCAGUGUGACAUGUACGGAAGUGCCUGUGCUGACUGCUGCCUGGCUCGAGACCCUUACUGUGCCUGGGAUGGCAUAUCCUGUUCCCGGUAUUACCCAACGGGCACACAUGCAAAACGGCGGUUCCGCAGACAAGAUGUUCGGCAUGGAAACGCGGCUCAGCAGUGCUUGGGACAGCAGUUUGUUGGGGAUGCUUUGGAUAAGACUGAAGAGCGAUUGGCCUAUGGCAUAGAGAACAACAGUACUUUGCUGGAAUGCACUCCACGAUCUUUACAAGCAAAAGUUAUCUGGUUUGUGCAGAAAGGACGUGACACGAGAAAAGAGGAGGUGAAGACAGAUGACAGAGUGCUUAAGAUGGACCUUGGUUUACUCUUCCUAAGGGUACGCAAAAUGGAUGCUGGGACCUAUUUUUGCCAGACAGUGGAGCAUAGUUUUGUCCACACUGUCCGUAAAAUCACUCUGGAGGUAGUGGAAGAGGAGAGAGUGGAGGAAAUGUUUCACAAAGACUAUGAAGAGGACGGGCCUCACAAGAUGCCUUGUCCUGUCCAGAGCAGCAUCCCACAGGGAGUAAAACCAUGGUACAAGGAAUUCUUGCAGUUGAUUGGUUAUAGCAACUUCCAGAGAGUGGAAGAAUACUGUGAAAAGGUAUGGUGCACAGAUAAGAAGAGGAAAAAGCUUAAAAUGUCACCUUCCAAGUGGAAAUAUGCCAACCCACAGGAAAAGAAGCUCCGUCCCAAAGCCGAGCACUAUCGCCUGCCCAGGCACACGCUGGACUCCUGAUGGGGUGAAACCAUCUACCGGCUUCUGAAGAAUUUAUAUUUAGAACCUA